CUUGCCUCAGUCAUUCUAAAGCAGUAUGUUGAAGCCCACUGGAAUAGCAGUGCUGAGAAAUUUAGACCUCCUGAGACUACAGAUGCCGCCAAGGAAGAGAUUCGUCGUCUUUUACCAGGAGGUCUACAGGAAUCAAUUAGUAAAGUCAGGUCAAGUGUGGCAUAUGCAAUCUCAGCCAUAGCAUAUUGGGACUGGCCAGAAGCUUGGCCACAUUUGUUUGGGAAUCUGAUGCAAGCAUUGACAAGUGGGGAUGGCAAUUUGGUUCAUGGAGCCAUGAGAGUUUUAACAGAGUUCUGCCGUGAGGUGACAGACACACAGAUGCCACAUGUUGUGCCUGUGAUCCUGCCUGAAAUGGAUAAGAUAUUUAUUCAUGCAGAGGUAUGUUGGUGGAAAUUGUGCACUAUCUGUUCAAAUCAUGAGGGGACGCAAGCGGCCUCAACUGGUAUUGCCAAGGAUGUCCUCUUUCCUCUUCUUCCACAAUUCACCCAAGCAUUUGUUGAAGUUCUGGCAAUGUCUGAUAGUUCCACACUUGAAUGUGGCCUGAAGAUGGAAGUGCUAAAGGAGAAGUGUUGGGAUUUGAGAAUCUUGUUUUCAGUGUUUUUGAGUUUAUCUGUGGACUUACGGAAACACCAAAAUGCAAGAAAACUGUCAAGAAGUUUUUAGAUGAACUUGUUCAUUUCUUAGUGUUGUACAUGCAAAUCACAGAAGAGCAGGCAAGUGUGGACAUCCAAUCCAAAUCAAUUUGCUGAAGAUGAGGAUGAUGACACCUUUUCGUUUUCUGUUCGCAUUGCAGUUCAAGAUGUUCUCUUGACGUUGCUGCUGACUUUGUAAAAUGAAAGUGCAGUCACAUUGACAAAAGCACUCAACAAACAUUUACAGGAAUCAAAUGAAAGAAAAAGCCAAGGAGAUGUUAAUUGGUAAGUGUGAUGAAGUCAAACUGAGUCGUGUGUGGUCUUCUUGCCUCAAAUGAUGGUUGUGGCUGAAAGACAGUGUUGGCCUAUUAUAAUGCCCAAGUUUUAGUGUGGCUUGAGUGCACACAGGCAGAGGCUCCAUACCUAAGAAAACAUGGUAACCAUAAGGCUGGAGAAUAUGACUGUUGUUAUGCAAUGUGUCUGAUCAUCCUUACUGAUUUCCAAUUGACUGACUUGCUAAAAGACAGUCAUUACUUAAUAUAAAUGCCUUAGUCUGCAUAGCUUGAGAGCGUACAAGCAGAGGCUCUUCACCUAAGAGAAUAUGAUUACAAAAAAUAUGCUGGAGAAUUUGUUGUCAUGAGAUGCAUCUGACCAUUCUAAGGAACUGACUUACAAUUAACUGACUAGCUAAAGAACAGUUAUGGCAUACUAGAAUGCCCUAGUCUUAAGUGUAGCUUGAGUGGUU